AAGGAACUUUUUCUCUCAUUUCACAUCUAACUUGACUCCCAUCACAUCGGACUACCAUACCUCACGGGCAAUCACUCACUCACCGCCAAGCCAACGUGCCCCGCUCCCCUUAAAUUACCGGAAAACCUAAAACCCCCACAGACGCACAACCAGAUCAUGCAUUAAUACGAGCACACGCGCGCAGUGCUGUUCAACAAAGGGUCCAAACACGCUUCAAAGCACUCCACCGCGAUCGACCCUAUCGGAACCGCCCAUAAAAACAUUCCGAGUACAAGUACAGUUGCACCUGGCUAUAAUGAACCUCGUUAUGAUGAAUAUUUGGCUACAAUGAACUGCCAGGUGCAACUGUACCGCUACUCAAGUAACAUCCGACCUAAUGGGGAGUCCCGUGCGGGCACCAGAGCGGUCGGCUACCGGAUGUAACAUUUACUGCGGCAUUUCCCCCCCCCGCAAAUUGGCUAUUGAUUGACUCACGAGCUAACCGCGUUGCUUCUGCCGCUGUAAUCACUACUUAAUCAUGUCAUUCCCCUCCGGCAUAGGAGAGGACGGGAAGGAAGGAAAGAAGGAAGGGGAGAAAGAUAGCGUAAAAAUGCCACCGAUUCGACGAGAAAAGACCAAUUCCACCGCCACCAAGGCGUUCCAGGAACGACUAGAAUCGUUCGCCUUUUCGUCCGUCUCAACCCGUACACGAGCUGCGAAUCGAGCGGCUUCGAAAUCAAAUACACCGCCGGCUACAGACCAAGGGCCUGAAGAAGCACCCUCCGCAAACCUCGAUUCCACGUCCAAAAUGGUGGCGACCCGGACGACAGUCAGGGCCGUGACCAAGUCGAGAGCAAAACCAGCCUCCCGCCGCGGAAAGCAAAAAUCCAGCUACGCCCCACCCGAAAAAUACGCUCAUCUGGGUGGUGUGCAAGACGCCUUCGCUCCGAACCUCCUAAGCGUCUUCAUCGGUCUAAACCCGGGCAUCACGACAGCCACGGUCGGACACGCAUACUCUGCGCCCUCAAAUCACUUCUGGAAACUCCUGCAUAGCAGCGGACUAACGCCGGACCGCGUCUGCCCCUCAACGGAAGACAUACACCUACCGCGGAAGUACUCCCUCGGCAACACCAAUCUCGUCGCGCGCGCGACCCUAAACCAAGCCGAGCUAUCGAGGGAAGAGAUGGAUGAUAGGGUGGAACUCACAGAGGACAAGAUUAGAAGAUGGAAGCCGGAGAGCGUGUGCAUUGUUGGAAAGGGGAUCUGGGAGAGCAUCUAUCGCGCAAAGCAUAACGGCGCCAAGAUUCCCAAGGGGAAGUUUGUCUGGGGGUGGCAGAGCGAUGAGGAUAGAUUUGGGGUGGAUGUCGAGGAGGGAUAUCCCGGUGCUAGGGUCUUUGUCGUGCCGAGUACCAGCGGACUGGUGGCCGGGUAUUCGAUGCAGUUUAAGAAGGAUAUAUGGAAAGUGCUUGGUGACUGGGUGCAGAUGAGGAGGAAGGAGAGGGGGGAGACGGCGCCGAGGACGGAUAAUUUAGUGGAGGGGGAAAGUUCAGGCGUAGUGGAGUAAAGUGGAGUAUCAUAGCUUUAGUUCGGAAUGCAUUAUAAUUAUCCCUUAAAA